CAAGUCUCCCCAAUCCAGGUGUCUGGACUAACAACCCAGUCUGUCAGUCUGGCACCCACUGAGCACUUGGCACAUCCAGUAGAAGAUGUCUCAUGGUAUUAUACAAACAAUGGAACAAGAUACAGACUGGCAGAUUUCAGGAACCAGCAGCUGAGUAUCCGGCACAGUCAGUUCUCCCAGCGACUGGAGGUUGAUAACAGUGGAACAAGGUUAUGGAUCAGGGAACUGAGGAGUGAGGAUACCGGGAGUUACACAGCAAACAUUGUACUUCAAGGCACAACACAAACAGUAGAACUGUCAUUUACUCUCACUGUGUAUGAGCCUGUUCCCAACCCAGAUACAAAGGUGGAGGUGGAGCAGAAAACGACUGACUGGUGCAAUUUCACUCUUCAUUGUUCUGCCCCAACAAAGUCAUCAGCUCUGUCCUACAGUUGGAUGUACAGACACAAAGAGCGGUACCAGCCCUAUACCAAUGGUACCACAAUCCAUGUGUCACUGCAGCCUGAAUCCUGGGAUGAGGAGUAUCUGUGCUUCAUACACAACCCGGCUGACCAGAAAAAUGUCUCUAUUACUGCCCAGACAGUCUGCAAUAGUACCAGCUUCAGAAAAGGCACGCCUGCUGGUUUAAGACACCAUUAUCUUUCAUUCAUUCUCAUUCUGCCCUUGGCUCUUCUGUUAUUCCUGGCGUGGUAUAUGAGAGCAAUGAAGAAAAGAAAGAAAGGUCCACCAUCUACUGUCCACAGUCAACUCGAAGAAGUGCAGUAUAUAGAGAUUCAUCCGUGUCAGCCCAACAGAAGCCUUCAGACAGUUUAUUGCCUGGAGCAGAAACCUGCCAGUCCUCGUGAGGCAAGGACACAAACAAUCUACUCUGAUUUGCAGAAUGUUCAUAGAACUUCCCAGGAAUAAGGCAGCAAGGCUCUUCCUACCCACCAUUGUUGCCUUUUCAAUAACAGGAAACCAGUGUAUUCAUCCUGUUCCACAUAUAUAUAUCCUGGAAUGUAGUGGAUGUCUAAUUUCCAAAAACAAAAGGUCGAUAAACAAGAGGAAGAGCAUGCAGAGAUACCAGAUCCAGCUUCAGGCAAAUGGCUUUAAGCAUACGUCCCAACAUUUCAGAAAAAA